CGGGACAGUCGAGGGGACGCGCGCGAGCUCCGGCGAUGGGCCCCGCGGCGCGGCUGGCGGUGCUGGCGGUGCUGGCGCUGCGCACGGGGGACCCGGCGGCAGCCGCCGCGCGCGGGGACACGUUCUCCGCGCUGACCAGCGUGGCGCGCGCUCUGGCGCCCGAGCGCCGGCUGCUGGGGCUGCUGCGGAGCUACCUGCGCUGGGAGGAGGCGCGGCUGCGGGACCUGACCAGAUUCUAUGACAAGGUGCUCUCUUUGCACGAGGACUCAGGGAUCCCUGUGUCUAACCCUCUGCUUGCCUUCACUCUCAUCAAACGCCUGCAGUCUGACUGGAGGAACGUGGUGCAUAGUCUGGAAGCCAACGAGAACAUCCAAGCUCUGAAGGAUGGUUAUGAGAAGGUGGAACAAGACUUACCUGUCUUUGAGGACCUUGAAGGAGCAGCAAGGGCCCUGAUGCGGCUGCAGGACGUGUACCUGCUCAAUGUGAAGGGACUUGCCCGAGGUGUCUUUCAGAGAAUCACUGGCUCCGCAGUCACUGACCUGUACAGUCCCAGACAGCUAUUCUCCCUCACAGCUGAUGACUGCUUCCAAGUUGGCAAGGUGGCCUAUGACAUGGGGGAUUUCUACCAUGCCAUUCCAUGGCUGGAGGAGGCUGUCAGUCUCUUCCGAGGAUCUUAUGGAGAAUGGAAAACAGAGGAUGAGGCAAGUCUUGAGGAUGCCUUGGAUCACUUGGCCUUUGCCUAUUUCCAGGCGGGAAAUGUUUCGUAUGCCCUCAGCCUCUCCCGAGAGUUUCUCCUCUACAGCCCAGACAAUAAGAGGAUGGCCAGAAAUGUCUUGAAAUAUGAAAAGCUCUUGGCAGAGAGCCCCCACCAGGCAGUAGCUGAGGCUGUCAUCCAGAGGCCCAAUGUACCCCACCUGCAGACCAGAGGCACCUAUGAGGGCUUAUGUCAGACCCUGGGUUCUCAGCCCACUCACUACCAAACCCCGACCCUCUACUGCUCCUAUGAGACCAAUUCUAGCCCCUACCUGCUACUCCAGCCUGUCCGGAAGGAGGUCAUCCACCUGGAACCCUAUGUUGUUCUCUACCAUGACUUCGUCAGUGACUCAGAGGCUCAGAAAAUUAGAGGGCUUGCAGAACCAUGGCUGCAGAGAUCUGUGGUGGCAUCAGGUGAAAAGCAGGUGCCGGUGGAGUACCGAAUCAGCAAAAGUGCCUGGCUGAAGGACACUGUUGAUCCAAUGCUGGUGACCCUUGACCAUCGCAUCGCUGCCCUCACAGGCCUUGAUGUCCAGCCUCCCUAUGCAGAGUACCUCCAGGUGGUCAACUAUGGCAUCGGAGGGCACUAUGAGCCUCACUUCGACCAUGCCACGUCACCAACCAGCCCGCUGUACAGAAUGAAGUCUGGGAACCGAGUUGCAACAUUUAUGAUCUAUCUGAGCUCGGUGGAAGCCGGAGGAGCAACAGCCUUCAUCUAUGGCAACUUCAGCGUGCCUGUGGUGAAGAAUGCAGCUCUGUUCUGGUGGAACCUGCGUCGGAGUGGUGAAGGGGAUGACGACACGCUUCAUGCUGGCUGUCCUGUCCUGGUGGGAGACAAGUGGGUGGCCAACAAGUGGAUACAUGAGUAUGGACAAGAAUUCCGCAGACCCUGUGGCUCAAGCCCCGAAGACUAAAAUGUUGGCGGAGAGAAGCUGGUGACGUGCUAUGGCUUUCCAGAGAAGCCAGAAAUCAAACAGUAGGUAGGAGAAGAAAGAAGAAAGCAGCCUUCUACAGGAGGGCCUGGUCACUACCACGUGCUCCUUGCCAGUGGGAGACCGGAAGGUGGUCUUUGCCAGGGAGCACCUGAGAACGUGCGUUGUUUCUCCUCAACUCAUGAUUCAGCAUAGAAUGGACAAUGCAAAGAAUGGGGCAAGAGGAAUAGAAAGAGAAGUUUCUGGAGCUCAGAUACUCUUUCUAGGGAACGGAACAUGUCAAUAGCAAUAGUGGCGCUCGGGUCACUGAAGGAGGGGGCCUGACUGCCUUGGCUUUACGAUCUUCUCCCCAGCGACUUCUGCUGGAGACAGUGGGGCGUGUCUGUGUCCGGGGUGUACCUCAUGUGAUGACUGUUUUUUAAGCAGAAAGCAACUUUUUUUACAUGGUGAUUUUUAAUGGUCAUUAAAAAUGGUUUUUA